AUGGUUGGUACAUAUCCUGUUAUUCAUGCUAAAUCAAUUUUAACACUUCCAAGACCAAGAGAAGUUGAAAGAGAAGGUAUUGUUGGAACUGUAUCAAGAGUUACAUCAGUUCCUAAUCUUAGUCAUUUACAUGUUUCAUCUGAUUAUGGACCAUCUUCUCUUUAUAAAUAUAGAAUUGAUAGUGAAUCAUUUGAUGAUUACUGGCAUGAUCGUUAUGUUUAUAAUUCUCCACUUUAUUGGAAAGAUUAUAGAUAUGCAGAAAGAAGUCUUCUUAAUACUGAUCCACUUCUUGAUCGAUUCAAUAAUUCAGAUUCAACUUAUUACCACCAUUACAAUUUUUACAAAGAUAUGAUUAAUCCAUAUUCAUGGAGACAUCAUAAAAAUUUAAAAGAUCAAAAUCCUCGUCCAAUUUCACAACGAAAUUAUAUGUUUGAUAGACAAAAUCAAAGAAGAGCUAUACAUAUGUAUAAACAGGGACUUGUUGGAUUUAAAACGAUUGAAGAAAAUUAUUUAAAACCACUUUCAUAUUAUAGAAAAGAACGUGAUUAUGGUGAGGUUUACUAUCCAUGUGGUAGAUAUGGACCAAGAAGAUAUUUUUACUCAUUUCAAUGUUAA